AUGGUGGCUAUGAGUAAGGCUCUGGUUCAUGCAAGAAUCACUCUCCUUCAGGUAUGGUUGAGGAUGUUGCUCUUUUCUUCUGUAUGGACCCUGACUUGGUGUGCUAAAUACAAAGGCCCUCCAGAGACAGUAAUACCCUUGAGGGUAACUGUCUCUAGUAAAGAGAUGAGUCUUGCAGGCUGGAUAUCCUAUAGCUUACACUUUGGAGGCCAGAGACAUGUUAUCUCCAUGAAACCCAAGAAUUUUUUGAUAUCCAGACAGCUCCCUGUGUUCACAUACAGCGACCAAGGUGUCCUCUUUGAGGACAGACCUUUUGUCCAGAAUGACUGCUAUUACCUUGGUUUUGUGGAUGGAGGUCCGGAAUCUAUGGCUGCUCUUACCACCUGUUUUGGGGGCUUUCAAGGAAUAUUACACAUAAAUGACACAGCUUACGAAAUUAAGCCCAAGAGCCUCUCUUCCACAUUUGAACAUCUACUUUACAAGAUAGACAGUGAGGAAACUCAAUUACACCCCAAGAGAUGUGGACUAACAGAUGAAGAAAUAGCAGGGCAAGUGAGACUUCAAGAAAAUGGUAAGUCCACUCUAAUGCAAGUCUUUGAUGAGACAUGGUGGUCUCAUGGAUUGUAUAUUAAACUGGCAUUGGUUAUAGACCAUGGACUAUUCCUUUAUCGAAACCGUAAUACUUCUCUUGUGAUAAAAGAUGUAUUUGAGAUUAUGAAUAUGGUAAAUCUCUUUUUAACUUCAGUGGAUAUUCAUGUAUAUUUACUUGGACUUACUAUCUGGACUGACGAAAAUCCCAUACCGGUGCAAGAUAUAUUUGCUCUCUUGCCAGCAUUUUGUACAUGGAAGAGAACAAACCUUAAUUCUCAGAUACCAUAUGAUAUUGCACAUCUCUUUGUGAAUCAUACUUUUGGUGACUAUUUUGGCAUAGCCUAUGUAGGAACUGUAUGUAAUAAGUCAUUUGAUUGUGGAGUUGAUAGCCUCUUUAGAGAGGAUUCCCUUAGCAUUGGACAUAUUGUGGCACAUGAGAUAGGUCACAAUGUGGGCAUGCCACAUGAUGGGAUGUUUUGCUCUUGUGGAGGGGAACCAUGUUUGAUGUCUGCUACAAUGAAGAGUUCCAUAAAACUCAGCAACUGUAGUUACGAAUUCUUGUGGGCAAACAUAGGCAAAAAAAGCUGCAUGCACAGGGAGCCCAACUCUUCGGAUAGCUUCCCACUGAAGUUCUGUGGGAACAAUAUAGUCGAAGAAGGCGAAGAGUGUGACUGUGGAUCCUUUAAAAGCUGUAAAGAAGAUUUUUGUUGUAUGCCUAGCUGUACUCUGAGGUCGAAAGCUAAAUGUAGUAAAGGACCAUGUUGUAACCGCAAAUGCCAAUUCGAGCCAUCUGGCACUCUGUGUAGACCUCGUGAGAAUGAAUGUGACCUUCCAGAAUGGUGCAAUGGAACUUCACAUGAGUGCCCUGAAGAUUUGUUUGUACAGGCUGGGACCUCUUGCAGUGGUAAUGGCUACUGCUAUGAAAAAAGAUGUAACAGCCACGAUGACCACUGCAAGAGAGUUUUUGGCCAGCAUGCCAUGAAAGCAUCUGACAGUUGCUAUAAGGAACUCAAUACUCGUGGUGAUCGUUUUGGUAACUGUGGACUCAUGGACAAUGAGUAUGUGAGAUGUGAGACCUCAGAUAUCCUCUGUGGGAGGAUUCAGUGUGACAGAGUGAAAAAACUUCCUACCCUGAAGAGUCAUUAUACUGUUCACUGGACUCGUUUCAAUGAUGCUUCCUGCUGGAGUACUGACUACCAUUUCGGGAUGAAAAUCGCUGACCUGGGUGACAUAAAAGAUGGCACAAACUGUGGUCCACAGCAUGUGUGCAUUGGCAGAAAAUGUGUUGAUAAGCCAAGUUGGACAAGUGAUUGUUCACCACAGACCUGCAACAUGAAAGGAGUCUGCAAUAAUAAACAGCACUGCCAUUGUGAUUAUGGCUGGAGCCCACCACACUGCCAGGAAAAUGGCAGUGGAGGAAGUAUUGACAGUGGUUCUCCUGGAAACAAAGACUUUGAAGAUGAGGUAAAGACAGGCUCAAGAAAAUCUAAUAACACCAUAGGUUGGCUAUUACCUGUUAUUAUUGUGGUUGUAGUUUUACUUAUAUUGUUUUACUUGUUUGGGGCCAAAAAAGCUAAAACCACAGGUGAGGAAACUAAACCCGCAGAUGAAGAGGCUAAACCCCCAGGUGUGGACGAACAGGCUAAACCCCCAGGUGUGGAAGAAGAGGCUAAACCCCCAGGUGGAGGAGAAGAGGCUAAACCUCCAGGUGCGGAUGAAGAGCCUAAACCCCCAGGUCAGGAAUAA